GAGACACACGAGACUGUCAGAGCCGCAGCGCGCGCUUUCACUACACAGAGCAGCCUGUUCACAAUGCCAUCCUUGGAUUUGCCUUCACUAUUCUUCCACACUAAGGAUUUUUAUCUGACCUAAGGAACGUUAGGAAACUUAUCAUCAUAUAAGAAGUGGAUACAAACCAACCCUGGUCCUCCAGAGCCCCUCAGUGGACUAACAGUGGAUUGCACUACUCCUGGAUCAUACACUAGCUCAGCCAGACUGGGACCAUGGCAGACUCGGUGUACUCUGACCUGAUAGCCAAGCACUACAACUUCACUGGGAAGUAUCGUAAGAUAGAAAAGCCUUCCGGACUCAAGGCUGAUUCUGUUGUGUUCAUCAUCGUUUGCUGCUUUAUCAUUUUGGAGAAUAUCCUGGUUCUUCUCACGAUCUGGAGAACCAAAAAGUUUCACAAGCCUAUGUAUUACUUUAUUGGGAACUUGGCGCUGUCAGACUUGCUGGCGGGAGUGGUGUACACGGCGAAUAUCCUGCUCUCAGGAGCCAAUACGUAUAAACUCAGUCCUAUGCAAUGGUUCUUCCGAGAGGGGAGCAUGUUUGUGGCCUUGGCUGCUUCGGUGUUUAGCUUGUUGGCUAUUGCAAUCGAGCGUCACCUCACCAUGCUUAAGAUGAAGCUCCACAACAGCGGUAAUACAUGUCGAGUCUUCAUGCUCAUCAGCACCGUCUGGUUCAUUGCUGCUAUUCUCGGUGGAUUGCCUGUAAUGGGCUGGAACUGCAUCCAGAGCAUGACCACCUGUUCCACGGUGCUGCCGCUCUACCACAAAACCUACAUCUUGUUCUGCACGACUGUUUUUAGUGUCAUCCUCAUGGCCAUCGUGGCCCUCUACGCCCGGAUCUACGUGCUCGUGCGCACCCGCAGCCGCAAGCUGGUCUUCCGAAAGGUCACUAAUGGGCGCGCGAGCGGAAACAAGAGCUCAGAGAAGUCGAUGGCUCUUCUGAAGACGGUCAUCAUCGUCCUGAGCUGUUUUAUCGCCUGCUGGGCGCCGCUUUUUGUCCUGCUCCUCCUGGAUGUAGCCUGCGAGAUUCGCACCUGCCACAUCCUGUACAAAGCAGAGUGGUUCCUCGCUCUGGCUGUACUCAAUUCUGCCAUGAAUCCACUCAUCUACACGCUCACCAGCAAUGAGAUGCGUCGGGCGUUCAUCAAGAUGCUGAUGUGCUCUCAGCCGUCAGGCAAGUUCUCCAGGCCUAUCAUGGGUGCUGAGUUCAGCCGGAGCAAAUCGGACAAUUCUUCACACCCAAACAAGGAAGAGCCGGAGUAUUCACCCAGGGAGACUGUUGUAUCCUCGGGAAACAUCAAUUCUUCUUCUUAAAAAGACUGUGGACGUGUUUUUUUCCUAGUAGUGAAUGUAUGUGGAUGUAAAUGUGUAUAAGUGUGAAAUUUCCAAGGGUCCUAAGAAGAUGAGGUGCCAAGAUGAGAACCCGAGGAAAUAAAACAUGUUCAGUCGUCCACAUUGUCCAGAGGAGUGAACAUUUAAUACUGGUCCCCCUGCAGCACGGUUGUAUAAGUGGUACAAUAGUUUCUACACCAACUUUCUUUAAUGGUAUGAAACCACGAAAGGGCAAAGCUGGGAGAAUCUAAGACUAAACAUAGAGAUCUUUACGCCCUUGCCUGAACUACAAACUGCUGCUCUCUUACAAAACCAUUCUUGCCACUUACGAAGAAGCACUGAAACGUCUUCCUCUUCCUCUGAAACCUUUCAGAAAAAGCACUUAACCAACGGAGCUCUGUAAACUUGAUUAAUCAGUAUUACCCACCAUUUCUAUGGAGUGUUUGUUUGCAUCUGGCUGAAAAGGGCAUUAAAAACAAUUGGCUUGUACUGAUUUUGUAAAAGGACUCACAUUUCUAGUUAAAUAGUUCUAGUUUAAUUUUAGUCAAAUGAUAACAAGGCAGCCAGCGUUGGUUGUUGGUUUCACACGUGCUUCUUCUGGUUUGAUUUCUUCCUGCUUACAUGAGUAUACGUGAAUAUAAAAGUGAGAGUGAUAAACUGGUGCCUGUGUCUAAGAUAAAUUCCCAUUGCCAGAUAGUGAGUUGGCUUACAAGCUAGUCAUUGCAAGGCCUGCUGUUUUCAUAACUAAAACGCCAAAACGCUUGUGUUAGCUCUUAUUUUAAUUUAUCUGAUGUGAUCUUUGAAGUUAACUCUGUUGUUGUCGACUUAAUAAAUGCAGUUUAACUUUCAGAAAUGAACAUAGAGGCCGCUCAGGUGGCGCAGCGGUAAAAACACACGCUGGAACCAAAGCUGGGAUCUAGAAUACAUCGUAUCGAAUCUCACAUGAACAACGAUUGGCCUGUUGUUCAGAUAUGGGCAGGAUUAAGCCGGAUGGGGUCUCUCUCUCAUAACUAAUGCAAUCACGACCUCUGCUGGCUGAUUGAUGGUGCCUGCACAGAGAUGAGAAAAGAGUGCUGUCAGGGUGUGUCUCUCCGUACACAACGCUGAGCUGCACUGCACUCGUCAAAAGUGUAGGUGAUAAGAUGCAUACGGCUGCUGCCCACGUGUCGGAGGGGGCGUGGGUUAGCUUCGUUCUCCUCAAUCAGAGCGGGGAUCGCCAUUGGUGGAGAGGAAGCAUGACGCAAUCGGGCAAUUGGACGAGCUAAAAGGGAGAAAACGCAUAAAGAAAAUAUAUUAUAAAAAAAAGAAAUGAACAUAGAGGUUUCUGUCACUUUCCAAAAACAUGCAGAUAGUGGAUUAGCUGCUUUAGAUAGUCCCUUAAUAUAAGUAAGUAAAGGAAUAGUGUGUGUUGCCCUGCAAUGGUGUUCCUGGUGUUCCUGACCAGGAGGAAGCAUUUAGUGAAAAUGAAUAAAUAAAUUAAUGCAUGAAUAAAUAAUUGGGUAACAGUGUAUAAAAUAUCAAUCUGUACACCGCUAUAUUUAUAGUUACAGUUAUAGCACUUACGUGACUUUGGAUUUUCUGUGUUAUAGUUUGAAGUUUUUCCCUUGUAGAUUUUCAAAGCAGACCAGCUUUAGGUCAACAAAGUCACUUUAUGGGACAAAUUUGAACACAAUUGGACUUUCAUUUGUCUUAAAACCCAUUUAAUUUGACUUGUAAAGACUAAUUAAUGCUGCAUCAACUAAAUAAUGCAUUUCAAUUCAUGCAAUUGGCAUCAACUAAACUAGAUGCUAAUUCUACUUUUUACCUUUCUGUUUUCACCCAGAUGCAAACAGUCACUUCCUUACUGUUGUGAAGAACAUGUAGAAUAGCACUUGUUAUAAAAGUGCUCUCUGAGAGCCAGGAUAGGCCUUACUGACAUUAGACAGUGUUAUUAGUUUGUUUAUUGUAUCAUUUUAUUGCAAUUAAAUGAAAGAAACACAAUAAAAGGAUAAAAGGUACUUGUGUUUUUGUUUUAACUCAACACAGUAUUAGUGACAUUUCUACCCUCAGAGAAUUCAGAAUGUAUUUUUCUAAUGUUUGAUGUCACUUUUGUAUCGAACAGUGGUAGAAAUUCAGAACUUUGUACAGUAGUUACCAGUAUUAAUUUAUCUUAAACAUGCAUGUAAAUGAUGAGGUUGUGAUAUCUGUACCACUCCGUAGUGCAUUCUCUGGUUUUAACUAUAGCACCAGGUCUGGUCUCAUUACAGCAUCAAUCUUGGGUUUGAUCCUACAAAUUCUGGGGUAAUUCAGUGAUUAGUACUGAAACCCAGAAAUGCAAACCUGAUCAGAGAUUUUUAUCACUGUUACAUUAGCCGUCACAUCUGUACUGAAACGCUGCAGAAUGUCAAUAUUGUAUAAAAUUAAAUGUGUAUUUCUCUUUACAUGGCAUUACGUGUGCGGUGCAAUAGGUCGGUCAUGAGCUCAUGUGUCCCUGUGGUUUGUUUUUUGCACAUUGUAACACCUGUGUCUGUGUUUUGUUAGCUUGUAAAUAAAUAUUUGCUGUAUAAACAAA